AAACAAGCCGUUUUGCUUUUACCACUUUUGGCUUGUUUGAAUUCUGAUUCCUUUCUGCGCCAGCGGAGGUAGCACCAAACGAAACGUGUGCCCUUCCCUCACUUUUUAUUACCAGCCCCACAUAUUCGCACUUGCAUACAGGCCAUUUGCACGCCUGUCAAGCAUUAAUACCACCUGCCAUCCGGCCCUAGCCAUACUCAGUCCCCCACCUCGCUACCACUCCACGCCUCAAGGUCUAGAUAAACCGUGGGUGAUUAUUUCGGCUACUUUUCUCCUUAUAUUACGCGGCAUCCCUUUCUACUUCCCGCGCCCUACCCUCUAUCGUUUCUCAGCAGUUAUUUAUUGCUCUAGCCUGUUUGUGUGCUGUGGCCAUGGGGAUCGCAGCAAUUUUCAAGCGCCCAAAGGCCACGACAUCGAGCGGAACGCUGAACGACUCCGAAGUCAGUGCCAACCGGAGACGUCAGGCGAAGCGAAGCUCGGCACCAUCGGGCGACAUCAAGCAGCGCUCCGAGUCAAAGAAGGGUGUCUCCAGGAGUACGUCUUCAGCAGCCAAGAGGAGACACCGCACCGCCGCCCAGCCCAUCGAUGACUGUGAGGACCUGCCCACGCCCGACAACAGUGUUAGCGAGAGCAACAACAUCCGUGCCCAGAACUCGGCGCUACCGCAGCCGAAUCAGCAGCCGAAUCAGCAGCCACUGGACAACCUUGGACUGAGCCUUUACAGCAUAAGGACACCGCCACCUGACCUGCUCGCGCAUCAGAUGAAGGAGCUUGAUCCAUUCGCUGACAGCCCGCCGCCUCCUGCACUGACCAACUUUGAGGACCCAGUCUACAUUCCGCCUCUGACCUUGACCGAGACGCUAGCUUACGAGUACACUGCCCCCAGCCAGCCGGCUACCCAGCCGGCUACUGCCGUCCGUGCUACUGCAAGUGCGUCAUACGGCGGCAGCUUUGGGUCUAGUAAGCCAGCCCUGUCGCCGACCGGCAACACCGCAUCUGGGGGUAUGGAUCUCUUGAGCGAGUUUAAUGCCACUUAUAAUUACCUGUUUGGUACCCUGCCCCCCGAUACUGUUGCGACUCCGCACAACGUCAGUGCUCUAGCCGAUGGUCAGUUCAGCACGGCCACCAAUUCUGGGCCCACUGCGCUAUCUUGCCAGACGAAGUACCACUCUGGCUCCACAGCGCCAGCCCUUAGUGGUCUCCUGAGCCCUGUCAGCGACAAAUCCGGGAAGAGCAACACAAAUCAUACUCAGCGUGGCGCUGGCAAGGCAAAUGCUCGCUGCGAUAGCGACUAUGCAUCAUCGGUUGACGAAAAGACCGGUACUAGCGUAUCCGACAGGGACUCGUCGGAGGGUGAUUCGGAGAGUAUGUCGUCUGGGGCUCAACGCGAUGAGGAGCGUCGCCGAGAGGAUGAAGAGCGCAGGGCUGUCGAGCAGCGCAAUCGGCGUCGCGAGCAGCUCAAGCAGCAGGUCGCGUUUGAGCGGAUGAAGGAGCGCCACCGCCGCCAGGUUGUCAGUCCUACGUCAGGUCCCAAAAGCAUUGCCCGCUGGCAGCAGGAUGCAUCAAUGAACGCUACGAUCGGAAAUGGGCUUGGAUCGGGGAACGACACAUUUACUGCUGCCCAAUCAGCAUUUGCCCAAGACACCCUCCAUGCCUCAUACGGCACAAUCAACCGCGGCUAUGUGGCUGGUGCUAUCCAUCACUCAGUAUCAAACCAGGGAUACGUUGCACAUGGUGGAGGACCGGUUGCAAACGCUCUGUAUUCAAAUGCGCAAGCCAAUGCCUCAAUGCCGAAUGUCGGUACGAACCUUCACGACACGCAGUUUGCUGCCAACCAGACACCGGCACAUGGUACUCCAAUGUCACCGCAGAGACUGCCGGCAAUGGAUCCGUUUGCUGCAGCUACCUGUGCUCGCAUGACCGGCCAGCAGAUCCAGCAGGUCAACGGCAUCUACUAUAUGAUGCCUGGACAGCCAGGAUCUGUUCCUGGACCGAUGCUUCCGCCGCAGGCUGCAGCACCGCUUUCCACCAUUCCGACGCACCCAGAAGCACCUUCAUACCCAGUGAAGCUUGCAAUGAAGACCAAGAAGCAGAGUAAUCCCUACCUGAGCGACUCUUCUGAUGAUGAUGAUAACGAUGCGUCAUCGCUCAACGACUCUGAGUCCAAUGAUAGCUCCGUCACUGGCAAUCUUGACUAUGAGUAUGCUGCGUCUCCGGUUGGCUUCGAUAAAGCCAGUUCCCAGCCGACUCAUCCUGCUCCCCUGGUCACCAACAAGAGCGAGAGCGGCUCAUCGUCGUCCGACUCGGGCGUUAUUACUGUCUCCAGGACAGGCUCGCAACCCAUGCUAGCAGAUGAUGAUCGCACAGUUGUGCGUGAUAGUGGCACCAGCGAUGCUUCGAGCGACUUGUCAAACAACAGCCAGUCCUCUUCAAAGCGCCAAGUGAGGUUCAACGAGACUGUGUCUGUCGUCUUCAACACACGCAACUCGAUAACUGAGGAUGACUUGGACUCCAAGAGCGCACAGAUAAUUGGCUACGAGUCAGAUAACAGCAGCAAUGCCUCCGUCGAGUUUGCCAUGUCGGCAGCUAGUAGACCAGCUACUGGCCAUGGAAUGGCGACCAAGUCGAGCCUGAAGAAGCCGGCUCUUGAUGUGGCCAAGUUUGCCAACGACGACGCCUUUGAUGCUGGCAACGCUUAUAGUAGCCUGCGAUACCAAAUGCCAAUCGACAUCUCUCCUCAUGCCGCUGCGUACUGGGACUUGGGAGAUACAGCCACUGCUUUGAAUAGCAAUCCGAUCCAGCCAGAAGUCCAGUGCAGCUUCGAGCCGUGACAUCUCUCCUACACCGCCAAAACCCCGCCACAAGAAGAAGCACCGCAUCGAGAUGCAGCCUCUGCGUGAUCGUGAGGCAGAGCGCGAGGAGGAGCUGAA